UCGGAUCCCGGUCACGUUACAAUUCCCAACGGAUCUGGCUCCGGUUCCAUGAAUGCUCUCGGUGUUGGUGGCCUAUCGUCCAUGUCCUCCAUGAACAGUAUCACACAUACCACACUGCAAACCGCCCCGUUACCUCCACCGCCCCCGCCAAUCUCCACGACCGGGUUGACUGGGAUGUCUCUGACGGACGGAUCCGCUCAACCGGCCGUGUAUCUUCCACAAACCUCAAUCCAGCUUCAACAGCAAUUGAAACAGGCUCAGGCACAAGUUCGGCGAUUGGAAGCGGAAAUCAAUGCGACCAAACGACAAGCCAAUGCAACUGGACUAUCCACCGAAGUAAGUGGCUGUGUGCUCCCGUUUUUUUUUUGUUGUUGUUGUUAUUGUUGUGGUGUUCACACACAACGGGUCCGGAGAAGUAGAAUGUUGGUAUUAUCUAACUGUAGAAAUCAAGUGAGUCUAGAGAACCAGUGUGGACAGAAGAUACAUACUAGCUGGUCUGGCCCACAUUUUAAAAUCGAUGGACCUUGA